UUUCACCUUUCACCUUCGACCUGCAAAGUAUAAGAGGUGCGCAUGCGCAACGUCAUACCCGCGUUGGGUCGCCAUCUUUGAAUUUUUUCUCCAGACCGGCUCCAGGCUGGUCGUGAAUUUUUCUGAUUUCCAUCCGUGAGCAUCGGCCUCCACACAACCAGCAAACAUGGUGGUGGGCAAGAGCUCCAAGAUGCAGGCGCACCUGAACUACAGGAUGCGGGUGACCCUGCAAGACAGCCGUGUUUUUAUUGGCACCUUCAAGGCCUUUGACAAACACAUGAACCUCAUCCUGGUUGACUGCGAUGAGUUCCGUAAGAUCCGCCCUAAGAGCCAGAAGCAGGAGGAGCGAGAGGAGAAGCGAGUGCUGGGCCUGGUGUUGCUGAGAGGAGAGAACAUCGUGUCCAUGACUGUGGAGGGCCCACCUCCUGCUGAUGAGGGAGUGGCUCGUGUGCCAAUUCCAGGUGCUGGACCUGGACCAGGUAUGGGGAGAGCAGCCGGCAGGGGAGUGGCAAAUGUUGCAGGCCCAUCUGCACCUGCAGGUCUGGCUGGCCCAGUCCGGGGAGUGGGCGGCCCAUCGCAGCAGGUCAUGACCCCACAGGGCCGAGCAGCAGUGUCUGCACCCCCACAGCAGUACCAGAGACCACCAGGUCCUCCCCCUGGUGCAAGAGGACCCCCAGGAGGUCCCCCCAGGAUGAUGGGCCCCCCUCCAGGCAUGGGAGGCAGGGGGAUGCCACCAGGCAUGCCCAUGGGAAUGCCCCCACCCGGUAUGAGACCAGGCAUGAGACCAGGUGGCCCUCCUCCAGGCAUGAUGAGAGGACCCCCACCUCCUGGCAUGAGACCACCACCUCGGCAGUGAUAGAAGUAACUUUUUACAGGGACUAGAUGCCAACAUUUUGUAGACUGGUAGAUUUGGGAGCCUUGCGAUGAAUAAACAACACAUAUUGUAAACAUUCCUGUCGUGAGGCAUCGUGUACAUGUGCAAGUGUCAAUAAAACCUUGUGAGAUACAACCUUGCUUGGAGCAAGGCUAUAAACAUUAUGGGUUAAGUAUUGUUUAUCAGUUAACAGGAAUCUUUGAACAUGAUUUGUUUGGUAAAGCUGAAACAAACUUAAACCAUAGUCGAGAUCUAGUAUUGACGAAUUGGCAGCAAGUAUGAUACAUCCCAAAAAAUUCCUAAGGAUAGUUUUUUUUUACUUUUGUCUUUUGUUUCUGGUUUCAUAUGAAAUGGUGACAGGAAGAGCCAUUAAAAAUCAGUGCUAGAUUAAAACAUGUAAAAACAUUGAUACUUUUGAGGGAUGUUUUACAUUGUACAUUUUGUGUUGUAUCACAUAGUUAGAUUUCUCAUGGAAAAUAAAUGGGAUGGAUUUGUAAAA